UAAGUAGCCCUCCAGGGGCAGGGGAACCAAGAGCAGCAGCACUUUCACUUUCAGCCCACAUAGAACUGUCCUCCAGGCUUCUGGGAGCUCAGGAGUGUACGGCCUGGCCUGUGUUGGGGCUGAAAGUGAUGGCCCUGUGAUGGACUGUCUCUAAGCAGAGGGGGAGAGGGGGUUCCAACAGAGAAGAGAAGGAAUGGGCGAGUUGUGAGUUCUGGAUUGUGGCUGCUGCACCUGGACCUCUGGCAAGAUGUCUGGCAAGAGCUAAGGCUGACUGGUCCACACGGAUCUUGUUGGCACACAUGUCACCUGGGAGGCUCCACCUGGAAAGCGAGAUGCCUGUCAACAGCACUGCCGUGUCCUUGGCCAACGCUACCUACAUCACUGUGGAGAUUCUCAUUGGGCUCUGUGCCAUAGUGGGCAACGUGCUGGUCAUCUGGGUGGUCAAACUGAACCCCAGCCUGCAGAACACCACCUUCUAUUUCAUUGUCUCCCUAGCUCUGGCUGACAUUGCUGUCGGGGUGCUGGUCAUGCCUUUGGCCAUUGUCAUCAGCCUGGGUGUCACAGUCCACUUUUAUAGCUGCCUUCUCAUGACCUGCCUGCUGCUGAUCUUCACCCAUGCCUCCAUCAUGUCCUUGCUAGCCAUUGCCGUGGACCGAUACCUGCGGGUCAAGCUCACGGUCAGAUACAAGAGGGUCACCACUCAAAGAAGAAUAUGGUUGGCUCUGGGCCUUUGCUGGCUGGUGUCAUUCCUGGUGGGAGUGACUCCCAUGUUUGGCUGGAACAUGAAACUGAACUCAGAGUACCACAAAAAUCUCACCUUGCUUUCCUGCCAAUUCCAUUCCGUCAUGAGGAUGGACUACAUGGUCUACUUCAGCUUCUUCACUUGGAUUUUCAUUCCCCUGGUGGUCAUGUGUGCCAUCUACCUUGACAUCUUCUGUGUCAUCCGGAACAAACUCAAUCAGAACUUUUCUAAUUCCAAAGAGACAGGUGCAUUUUACGGACGGGAGUUCAAGACAGCCAAGUCUCUCUUUCUGGUUCUUUUCUUGUUUGCUUUGUCCUGGCUGCCUUUAUCCGUCAUUAAUUGUAUCACCUACUUUAAUGGUGAAGUACCAAAAGUUGUGCUGUACUUGGGCAUUCUGCUGUCCCAUGCUAACUCCAUGAUGAACCCUAUCGUCUAUGCUUAUAAAAUAAAGAAGUUCAAGGAAACUUAUCUCUUGAUCCUCAAAGCCUGUGUGAUCUGCCAGCCCUCUAAUUCCUUGGACUCAAACACUGAGCAGACUUCUGAGUAG